CUACGACUACGAUCAAACCAAGUCCCCCAAUUUUUCCAACACGACCGAUCGGACCCCGUAAAAGAAAUACAAGAACAAACAAACCUCAACUUGUUAUUAUCAUCAUCAUCACCAUCAGAACACAUAGAGAUCCGCAAGCUCCUGCAAGGAAUCCAAGCUGAGGCUGCUUGGAUCGCCAUUCUCCAGCAUCCAGAGCAAGUGAUCGAACAGAACCACCUCACACUUCACCACAGCCGUCCGAUCUUUAUCAUCAUCGUGAUGAUCACAACCAUCAUGGCUACAGGACUUGUC